ACCGCAGCGGCCAAUCAAUGCCACAGCUGUCAACUGGCACAGGCCAGACCAGGCCUUUUCUGUGAAUGUUUGUAAAUGUAAGGGUUAUAAAGGGUUCAGUCGGGGAGGGGGGCAGGAGAGUGCCAUUGAGAGAUUAAAGAGCAGCAGAAAGGGAGAGAGGACCUUCAAGAGAAUGGGCUUCUGGACCCUCCGCGCUCAGCAUCCAUGCCUUACGUCUAGGCCCAGGGCAGGAGAUCCUCAGCUCCUUGGUCUCAUUUGUGGAGGAGAGGAGGAUGAAGGCCCCGUUCAUCCUUACAUGUGUGGGCAGUGUUACCAAGGCGACGCUCCGUUUGGCAAAUGCCAGUAUAAGGAACAGCAAUGAGGUGAUUCACCUGGAGGGUCCCUUCGAGAUCGUCUCUCUGGUCGGCACUCUGAACAAGGAGGCCCACCUGCAUAUCUGCCUGGCAGACAGAACAGGAGCCACUGUGGGCGGCCACGUGCUGGGGGACCUGCAGGUCUUCACCACGGCAGAGAUCAUCCUGGGCGAGGCAGCUGACCUGCAGUUCAGCCGGGAGAUGGACGACCGCACGGGCUUUCCGGAGCUGGUGGUCACGUCCUGCACGGACCGGGCCUGAGCAUCUCUCUUGGUGUCCCAUGCCGCAGAGUGGCCUUUUCACUGCCUGCCUUUUCCAUCUCACUUGUGUUAUUUUGAUUGUACAUGUUAGAAGCUUAAAAUGGUGUGUAUUUCCCCAAGCUGGGCUGUACUCAGAAAGUCUUAUUAAAACAGUGUUCACAUGCACUGCAACUACUACUGGAAAGAAAUUGAAAGACAAAUAAAUACUGAAAUACUACUUUUUCUUAUAGCUGCUUGAUUGUGCCAAAAAUCAUAAUAACAGUUAUUUUGGUCAAUAUUGAAAUCUUGAUUAUUUAACACAAUCACUCAUUCACUUUAGAAAUAUCAUGCAUUUAUGGAACCUUUAAAAAAAUAUAUAGUCUUUUUAACGGUGGAUGAACUCUAAAUAUAAACUGAGUAACAAAAAAAAGGGGGCUGGAAAGGGGUGCGCUGCAUUUAUAACAGAAGACAAGA